AUUUUAGCUUACAUUUAGUAUUUACUAUUUCUAUUAGGUACAUAUUUUACUAACAUGUCUAUUUUUAGCUAAAAUGUGAUCAUACAUUCCGUAUUUUUACGUAUUUUACAAAACUGCUGUUCAAAAACUUCCAGGCUUUCUUUCAGAAUCAUAGCUCAAAUAUUUUCAUCAAGCUUUGGAGGGGGACACCCCCAACUUAGGAAUUGCAUACGCUGUAGACACUCCUGAGCGUGAUAAACGUGAGAUAAUGAAUACUGAUGAUAAUGAUUUGUACAGGGAACUGUUCCAAACACUGUUCUGCCUGGAUAGCUAGAUGAAUGUUUUAUUGGGCAUACACGAGCCGGGUGGAUGUUGAAUAGGAACAAUAGGAUCAUGUUAACAAUGUUUAAAGACCCGAUUUAUAGUAUGCUGCAAUACAUGAAAACAACAGUCAAACGAACAUCAAAAUUUUCAAAGGAUAAAUCUGUGGAUAAUAGUAGUAUGGUCGACAAUCAAUAUAUAGAUGAAGUUUUACGAAAUACAGUCAGGUUCCAAACAAAAGCUUCUAAAAAUGUCAAUACCACUUUUGAAAUUCAGAAGGCAUUAAAGGAAAUAAUUGGGAAACUAACACGACGAGGCAAAAAGUUAUAUGGAUAUCAACUAAAUUGAUAAUCGAAAUAAUUGACAGGUAAAUAACUGUGGCAUGCUGGUGGAUUAUAGAUUUUCGAUUUUCCAUAUGAGGCCAGAAUUGUGGAACGACUUGAUUUUUCUUCACCUGAUACAAUUACUCUGAGCAGUGACGGCCGAGGUUUUCUAGGGGUUUCCCUCGCCCAAGUGCGAAUGCAGUCACCAAAAACCAUAUUCCC